AUGGGGAAGUUGCGUGACUUGUGGUCCGGCGAGGCUGAGCGAGCGGUCAAUGCGCCGCUGCCGGUGCGUAUCGCGCGCGGCUGGGAUGUGCAGCCCGAAGUGCUGCCCGCCAAACCUCUCGCCCCGCGCAGGAGGAAGUACGUGCAUGUGCGGCCGAACAACCGUGACGCGGUAUCGCUACCGCACCCUGGUCAGAGUUAUAACCCGGUGGACAACGACCACCAGGCCGCGCUGCGAGUGGCGGUGAGGAAGUUGGAGCGGAAGCGGUCCGCAGACGAAAAGUUUGUCGCCAUGAUUACCCACGGUCGCGACACACCGAUCACAGGGAAUUUCUCAGCGGACAAGACCUGGGAGGAGGAGGUCCAAGAGCGGCCGCAGAAGCCCAAAAAGAAGACAAACCCGAAGUGGGAGGAAGAAAAGAAGAAGAAGAGGCAAAAGAAGAAGAAGAAGGCGUUGAAGGCCUCGGUGCAGGCUGCCAAGCGUGCCUUCCCGCAUCGCCGCCAUCCGAAGCGUGAGGUUGCGGUAAAGGAGGCAGACGAGCUUGGCGAGAUCCUAGCGGCGCACGAAAAGCGACAAGCCCGGCGCGAGGCUGCGAGGGAGCGACGCCGCACCGUGAAGCGUGAUAAUAUGCAGGUGAAAAGUUUUGGUCGUUACCAUCACACGCCGUUGGUGUUGGACGUGGCGCCGACAGACAAACUCGUUGGAUCGCUGCGUCACUUGAAUGGCAGUUGCAUUCACCCCGUUAUGGAUCGAAUGAAGUCGUUGGAGGAACGCAACCUUGUGCCGCCACGAAUGCGACACACGUAUAAUAAACGAAAGGUGCUGAAACCAAAGGGUGAGGUGCGUGUGAAGCGUGAGACGUUUGGCCUGUUGCCAGAGACAACCUUCUAG